CAGGCCUGAGGUCUGGAGCCGGGAAGAGCAGGGAUGAAAGGAAGUGGCAUGAGCCAUGAGCCCAAGUCCCCUUCACUAGGAAUGCUUUCCACCGCGACCAGGACCACCGCCACCGUCAACCCCCUCACCCCCUCGCCGCUCAAUGGCGCCCUGGUGCCCAGCGGCAGCCCCGCCACCAGCAGUGCGCUGUCGGCCCAGGCCGCGCCGUCUUCCAGCUUUGCCGCUGCGCUGCGCAAGCUCGCCAAGCAGGCAGAGGAGCCCAGAGGGUCUUCACUGAGCAGUGAGUCGUCCCCCGUGUCCUCUCCAGCCACCAAUCACAGCUCCCCUGCCAGCACGCCCAAGCGCGUGCCCAUGGGCCCCAUCAUCGUGCCCCCCGGGGGCCACAGCGUCCCCAGCACGCCCCCCGUGGUGACCAUCGCCCCUACCAAGACCGUCAAUGGCGUCUGGAGGAGCGAGAGCCGGCAGGACACCAGCUCUCGGGGCAGCAGCAGCGGUCGAGAACGCCUCAUCGUGGAGCCCCCACUUCCCCAGGAGAAGACGGGGGGCCCGGCCAUUCCCUCCCACCUGCUCAGCACCCCCUAUCCCUUUGGCAUCUCCCCCAGCUCGGUGGUGCAGGACUCCCGAUUCCCACCACUCAACCUCCAGCGGCCUGUGCACCACGUGGUGCCCCCCAGCACGGUGACCGAGGACUACCUGAGGAGCUUCCGGCCCUACCACACCGCCGAGGACCUCCGCAUGUCCUCCCUACCUCCCCUCGGCCUGGACCCUGCCACUGCUGCUGCCUACUACCACCCCAGCUACCUGGCUCCGCACCCCUUCCCCCACCCGGCCUUCAGGAUGGACGACUCCUACUGCCUGUCCGCCCUGCGGUCCCCCUUCUACCCCAUCCCCACCCCCGGCUCCCUGCCUCCGCUGCACCCCUCGGCCAUGCAUCUUCACCUCUCCGGGGUCCGCUACCCCCCGGAGCUGUCCCACUCGUCCCUGGCGGCACUGCACUCGGAGCGGAUGGCCAGCCUCAGCGCCGAGAGGCUGCAGAUGGAUGAGGAGCUGCGGCGUGAGCGGGAGCGCGAGCGGGAGCGGGAGCGCGAAAGAGAACGGGAAGCUGACCGGGAGCGGGAGAAGGAGCGCGAGCGGGAGAGGGAGAAGGAGCGCGAGCGGGAGAAAGAGCUGGAACGCGAGCGCGAGAAGGAGCGGGAGAGGGAGCUGGAGCGCCAGCGGGAGCAGCGGGCCCGAGAGAAGGAGCUGCUGGCCGCCAAGGCGCUGGAGCCGGCCUUCCUGCCUGUGGCUGAGCUGCACGGGCUGCGUGGCCACGCCUCCGAGGAGCGGGUCAAGUCCGCGGAGCAGCUGACCCCAACCCGAGCAGAGAAGCUGAAGGACGCGGGCCUGCAGGCGCCCAAGCCUGUGCAGCACCCCUUGCACCCGGCACCCGCCCCCCAUCACGCUAUGCCCGGCCUCCUCUCCAACCACGGCAUCUUCUCUCUGCCGGGCAGCAGCGCCGCCACGGCCCUGCUCAUCCAGCGCACCAACGAGGAGGAGAAGUGGGUGGCGCGGCAGCGGCGGCUGCGGCAGGAGAAGGAGGACCGGCAGUCGCAGGUGUCGGAGUUCCGGCAGCAGGUGCUAGAGCAGCACCUGGACAUAGGCCGGCCGCCGGUGCCCACAGAGCCCGAGCACAGGCCCGAGAGCGCCAGGCCGGGACCAAACCGUCAUGAGCCGGGUAGCCGAGACCCCCCGCAGCACUUUGGCGGGCCCCCGCCCCUCAUCUCGCCCAAGCCCCAGCACCACUCCGUGCCCACGGCCCUCUGGAACCCGGUGUCCCUGAUGGACAGCACCCUGGAGACACGGCGGGCCCCCGAGAGCCACCCUCUGCACAGCCACCCUGCCCUGUUUGAGCCCGGCCGCCAGGCGGCAGUCCCGCUGGUGAAGGUGGAGCGGGUCUACUGCCCAGAAAAGGUGGAGGAAGGGCCCCGGAAGCGCGAGGCCACCCCCCUGGACAAGUACCAGCCGCCUCCACGGGAGGCAGGGAGCCUGGAGCACCAGGCCUUUCCUCACGGGCCUGGGCCCUUCCUGGCCGAGCUUGAGAAGUCCACCCAGACCAUCCUGGGCCAGCAGCGGGCCUCCCUCGCCCAGCCACCCCCCUUUGGGGAACUCACUGGACCGCUGAAGCCGGGCUCACCCUACCGGCCCCCAGCACCACGCGGCUCUGACCCCGCCUACAUCUUUGAUGAGUUCCUGCAGCAGCGCCGGAGGCUGGUCAGCAAGCUGGACCUGGAAGAGCGCAGGCGGCGAGAGGCCCAAGAGAAAGGAUACUACUACGACCUGGAUGACUCCUAUGAUGAGAGUGACGAAGAAGAGGUCAGGGCCCAUCUCCGCUGUGUGGCCGAGCAGCCGCCCCUCAAACUGGAUACAUCCUCCGAGAAGCUAGAGUUUUUGCAACUUUUUGGCUUGACCACCCAACAGCAGAAGGAGGAACUGCUGACCCAGAAGCGGAGGAAGCGGCGGCGGAUGCUGAGAGAGAGAAGCCCAUCGCCCCCGACGAUUCAGAACAAGCGGCAGACGCCUUCACCGAGACUGGCCCUGUUCACCCGCUAUAGUCCUGAUGAGAUGAACAACAGCCCCAACUUCGAAGAGAAGAAGAAGUUCCUGACCAUCUUCAACCUGACCCACAUCAGUGCCGAGAAGAGGAAAGACAAAGAGAAACUUGUCGAAAUGCUCCGUGCCAUGAAGCAGAAGGCACUGUCAGCGGCAGUGGCAGACUCUCUCAGGAGCUCUCCGAGGGACAGUCCUGCCGUCUCCCUGAGCGAACCAGCCACGCAGCCAGCCUCUCUGGAUAUGGAAAAGCCGGUGGGUAUUGCUGCUUCCCUGUCGGAUGUCCCAAAGGCCACGGAGCCUGGGAGACUGGAACAGCUCCGGCCACAGGAACUAUCUCGAGUCCAGGAGCUGACUCUUGCCAGCGGCGAGAAGGCCAGGCCGCAUGAGGCCCCUGGGGGCAAGAAGAACCUGAGCAUGAUGCAUUACAUCAGGGGCCCCGCCCCCAAGGACAUUCCCGUGCCACUGUCCCACAGCAUCAACGGGAAGAGCAAGUCGUGGGAGCCCUUCAUGGCAGAGGAGUUUGCACAUCAGUUCCAUGAGUCCGUGCUGCAGUCCACGCAGAAGGCCCUCCAGAAGCACAAAGGGAACGUAGCCGUGCUGUCUGCAGAGCAGAACCACAAAGUUGACACGUCCAUCCACUACAACAUUCCUGAGCUGCAGUCCUCCAGCCGGCUCCCUCUGCCCCAGCACAACGGGCAGCAGGAGCCCCCGGCCGUGAGGAAGGGCCCCCUCACACAGGAGACGGACCAGGACUCGGAAGAGGAAGAGGAGGAGGAGGAUGGAGAAGAGGAUGACGAGGAACCCCCCAGGCGCAAGUGGCAAGGGAUUGAGGCAAUUUUUGAAGCUUACCAGGAACAUAUAGAAGAGCAAAAUCUGGAGCGGCAGGUGUUACAGACGCAGUGCAGACGGCUGGAGGCCCAGCACUACAGCCUCAGUCUCACAGCAGAACAGCUCUCCCACAGCAUGGCGGAAUUGAGGAGCCAGAAACAGAAGAUUGUCUCAGAAAGGGAGCGAAUCCAGGCGGAACUGGAUCACUUCCGGAAGUGCCUUGCGUUGCCUGCAUUGCAUUGGCCUAGGGGUUACUUUAAGGGAUAUCCUAGGUGACGGUUUCCCUUGCACUAGGCUGAACCUAUAGUAUAGAAAUAUUAUCUAUUUUAUUACCUUGAAUAUUUAAUAUUUUUCACUGGGAGGUUUGAAGCUUAAAAAAAUAAUAAUAAAGAAUGUGCCAUGCAUGAAGCAAAGGAUUCCAGACUCCAGAAAAAGAACGAACUCACCUUGACUUCAAUGCAACUGAAUCACCUUUGUAAUUCAGCGAGCAACCAAUGUAGGACGUCGCCCAUAUAUUUUUUUAAAAGGCAAUUUUAUUCUUUCUUUCCCCAUGUCACCGUCUUAAAAUCUGAAAAUGAAGGCUCCAUUACCAACACUAAAACUUUUAUCAUUUAUAGCCCCUGGGUGCAUAAGAUUGGAUCAAACCGCUUGUGUUCUAUUUCUUGUGUUGCCAUAUUACUAGGCCUGAUGACCCAAGUUUGCUUUUGCUGCAGCAUAGGGUUGGUCUCAUCCCCCCCCCCCACGACUGAGACCUGCUUCAGCUGAAUGAAGGUGGGGUGCAUUUUAAGUGAAGGGCUUGUUUUGGUUACUUUUCUGCAAAAUUUUCUUCAAAGCAACAGUACUAAAAGCCUCGCUGAUAUAGCAGGCUUUUCCCUGGAAAAGCUCUUACCUAAAGAUAACGCAAAAUCGACACCCUGAAGGUACCUUUUUUAUUACUCCAUGGGGGAGGGGGGAGUGUACAGAGCUCUAUGUAUACAUACAUUCACACCCACUAAAUUGUUGCUGCGGUGGGGGUGUUUUCAUACAAACAAAUUUUGAGAGAAAAGUCAAAGGUGCUUCAGCCUUGUACUGUGUAUAUAUAUUAAAAAACAAAGUUUUGUAUGUUUUUAUUACUUUAAUUAUUGUUAUAAAAGGCCUGCCAUUUUUAAUAUGUGGUUUUGGGGGAUUUCUGUUUGUUUUCCUGUUUUGGGGUUUUGUGUUUUGUUUUGUUUUUUGUUUUUCUGGGCAAAAAAAAAAAACACAAAAAAACUUGCUUUUAGUGUUUGUACUGCUGCUGGUCAGGACAUUAAAUAUUGAAGUGUUUUUAAAAAUUAAAGAAGAAGAAAAGUUAAAAGAGCUUACCACUGGCGCCUAUGCGAUCACUUCAUUUUUGAGUUGCACCAGAAAAUGAUGUAGAAAGCCAUGCGUUACUUCUUACCUCCUCCUCUACCCCCUCCCCCCAGCUCUGGACAGCAAGUAGCAGUUAUACCUAGUUGCUAUCAGUGAGGAGGGGCUAGUCUAUGGUGAACAAGACAGAUACUGGGUGUGCACCUAUGCAUGCACCUACAGACAUGGGGCUUUUUGUAAAAGAACCUUUCAGGAAGUGAGCAGUUUCUGUGAUAGAAUUCUAAGGUGUCUUACAGCAGUCUGAGAACAGGUGCAAAGUAGAAACUCUAGAGGCUUUAUUUAGAUGCAAAGCUUUGUAAAAGCCUAAAAGUAGGAUAAACAAUGUCAGAGCUGAACAACUCCUCCUCUUGAACUGACUGUGACAAGCACAGGAGCAGCUAGAAACUGAGAUAAUCAGAUCAAUGCAAAGCAAUGGGGAAAUUUUUCCUUCUUGUCCCAGUUAACUGCUCAUUCAGGCAGGGUUUAAUCUAGAUCAAGCAAGUAUCUCUUGCCUGAAUGGGCUUGAACCAGAGGCCAAAGCAGCCAGUGGUUGGUCUGCCAGGGGAGAGGGGAUGAGAGGAGGUCUGAGCGUGAUCACGCCUUCCCUUUACCCAGGGGAAGGGCUGGCUGACCUUCAUGAAGGCUACUCACUGUGAUCAGUGGCCGCACCCUCAGCCCCAGACCUUAGCUGUGCAGAACAGCUUGCUGGCAGAUGGCAUUGUGUCGCUUUAUCUGUUCCCACACAGUUUGCUUUGUAUGUCUGCCAAGAAUCUUCCAGUUAUUAGCAAACUCAGACAAAAAGUGCCGCCAGUAUUAUCAGCAGUCAACAAGCGCCUUCCUCUCCACAGAAACGAUUUGACGAGAUCUAAGGGCUGUUCUGUGGGCCUCCCCUGCAAAGACAUUGAGAGAUCAACAUGUUCCACAGGUGGGGACAGGUGUUUAGAGGGAACGCUAUUGCCAACAAUCAGGGCAAAAUGUCACUGAAUUUCUCUCUUUAAAAUCUGCUUGCUGCUUCUGGUCUGAAAGCUUAAGAGCUACAUCUUAGCACUUCACUCCCAGUCCUCCUUUGCCAUCACAGAAUGUCUGAGUACUAGUACUUUUGCUGAUCAGCUUUGGUAAUGGCCUUGGCUUAGAGAAAGAAAAAUGUAGAUCUAAUAACUUGAUGGGAAAGAAAAGCAGAGCCCCAUUCCUCCUCCAGCCCAGAGGAGCUCCCUUGGUCGGGUUUGUUUAGUUGUCAGGGAGGACGUCCCUGAGCAGUAAUAACUGCUUUCCUCCUUCCCAUUGAAAACGCCCCUAUCACCCUGCACUUGAGCUUCUCUCUCACUCCGCCACACGUCUCUGGAGAUCUCUGAAUAUUCUUGGGUUUAAGAAGUAAAAUGACAAUCAGAGAAUAAAUAUACACCAGGAAAGGCAGCAUAAUAAACUAAGAAAAAGGUAAAGUGUCUUUUGAAAACAAAUGCACCACUAAGACACAGUACCCAAUAAUGGUUUUUCCAUCCAAUAAUUAGUUCUAAAAUCUUAAAACACAUUUUCAUCUCAUCUAAUUUUUCUUUUCAGUUUGGGCUUAAAAAUGGACAAAUAUGCGCUCUCUGAAGGUUUUGUUCAGCUAUUUCACACUGAGUGUAGAAGACAAAGCUCAGAAGAACACCGAACUUGCUCUAGAAUUGAUUUUGCAACCUGUCAGUCCUCCAUGGCCUCACGUGCUUCCUACAGCACCGGCAGGAGACGGCUGUGUUGUUAAUUUGUGAGGGACACCUUCCAAAGCCGAAUCCCCAGCUUCGCAUUUAAUCAAAUAUUUAGGGACAAACCAGAGCGUUCCUCAAAACCUGGAUCUACACACCUGAUCAUUUGAAAAUGAAUAGGUUCUCCGUUUCAUAUAAUCAGAGCCAAACUGACAGUGAAAACAUUUCAUGAUAUAAUCCAUUAUCUAAGAUAAAUGGCAAGGUAGGAUUUUCAACAGUUCAGUCUAUAUAUUCUAAAGGAAGUAAAACACUAAAUUGGCAUUAAUAUUCUAUUAGAUAAUACCCUUAAAGAAACUCAAAGAAUAUUCAAAGGAGCCCACACUUCAGCAGUAAAGAAUUAUAAUACAAGAAAUCUUAAGUUUGUACAUGGAACGGUAUUUCCUAAAUGCUGCCUAAUCUCAAAAAUUACAUCAAGAUACUCCCUUCCCCUCUGAGCCAUGUGUUUUUUAAAGUGUAGAAAAUUCCAAGGAUCCACCACAAGAUGGAGAUGAUCAGCACAAGCCGAUUCUGUUACUCUUAAAUAAGUGUAUAUUAGCCAUUUAGCAGCAAUCCCUAUACUCUUUCAAGUAACCAAGCUAUUGACUUUCUUACUACUUGCAGUAGCCUGUCCCCAACUUUUGAUCCAGCACUUAACUUAAACUCCUUAACUCUGCCUAGACCUGAGGAAGACCAUGCUAAUUGGUUGUGUUACUUUGUACGUACCCUGUGUUUAAUUGCUAGAACAGUAAACCAGUACAUGGGAGGGAGGAGGAACAGUGCCUCGGUCACUCUGGGGGCAGUUUAGAUGCUGUGAAAUUAAACCUGUUCUAAGUGUACUUGUUUGAAUUAAUUGUAUUGUAAUAUUAUUUGUUGAAUGUAGUAAUUAGGUAUUUAUGAAUAUAUUGCUGUAAUUUCUGACAACAUCCAAAAAAAUAAAAUCUUCCUAAAUCA